AAGGAGUGCCGAAGUGGGCGGCGGCAGUAGCAGCAGCAGGCGGUGUAACAACAACACAUCUCGGCGGCGACUUGUGGCUCCUGGUGAUAGUGAAUUGUGAUUGCCCCUUAUUCCAGUGCCGCCCUUGGUGCCGCCUCUGGUGCCAGCCGCUCUGCAAGGACAUGGGCAAGUGGGCCAAGUACAGCAAGCGGUACAAGAAGGAGUGGGAGAAGGAGGCCAACCUAAAGGAGUGGAUCGUGGCUGUGGAGGGCGAUGAUUCCAAGGCAGCAUGUAGGUUUUGCAACAACAGACUGCGUGCCCACCACUCCGACCUCGUCACGCAUGCCACCACCGUCAAGCACAAGAGGAACGCCGGCCAGGGCACCGUGGUGAAGAGGGAGGCAGGAAAGGGCAAGAGGUGUGGGCGAGGAGGCCCCAAACAGGAGGCCGUAACGGUGACGGCGCUGCUCGAUACGAAGGAUAGGAUAGAGUCAACUGUCUUCGAGGCCAAAAUUUGUCCUGACGAGGUGGUGAAUCCAGCCAGUUUGGGGUUCAUCGGCAGCGGCAACAUUGCUCAGGCGCUGCUCACCACGUUCCUCAAGGAAGGUUUGGUGGACCCUCACCUCAUCAUUGCCAGUGCACCGUCAGACAGCAACCUUGCCAAACUGCGCACUCUGGGGGUGAGGACCACACACGACAACAAUGAGGUGGUGCGCAGCAGUGACCUGGUGUUUGUGUGUGUGAAGCCUGACCUCCUUAGUGAAGUAUUGGCUGACCUGCUGCCCCUUGAGGAUGAGCACAGCCCUCUUUUUGUGUCCGUGGUGGCAGGAGUGUCCCUUGCAACUCUGGAGGAGAUGCUGAGCAGCGUGGUGGAAAACCCUCGUGUAGUGCGCUCCAUGCCCAACACUCCCUCUGCUGUGAGCCAGGGAUGCUGCUUGUUCACCAGGGGGACACACACCUCGCCCUCGGACGCCGAGGUGAUGAGGUCCAUGCUGGGCUCCAUGGGCACCUGUGACGAGAUCCCUGAGUACCACAUGGACGCUGCUUGUGGGGUGGCCUGCUCGGGUCCAGCCUUUAUGUACAUGGCCAUUGAGGCGCUGGCAGACGGUGGUGUGAAGAUGGGCCUCCCCAGACAACUGUCACAGACACUGGCGGCCCAGAUGGUGAAGGGAGCGGCCACCAUGGUGCUGGAGACAGGCAAGCACCCCGGCCAGCUGAAGGAUGAGGUGUGUUCUUCCAGCACAGCCACCAUCACUGCCCUCCACAUACUUGAGCGUCAUGCCUUCAGAAAUGCCCUGAUGUCAGCAGUGGAAGUCUCAACGACCAAAGGCACAGAGCUUGGCAAGAAGGUGUGAGUGAAGCUGCUGUCUGCCCCUCGCGGGUGGUCUUGCUACACUUACUGCCUUGUGGCUGAGAGUUGUGGAGCAGGACAGGGUUCAUGGUGGAGUAGAGGGUGACCAUGACUCCCUGUGGCCGCAGCUCCACCACAGAUGCAGUGUAUACACCCCCAAACUCCAAGUUUGGCUCAUGAUCACUCAGCAGCUCCUGGAGGUUCUCUCGGGCUUCCUCCAUCGCUGCAGGGUUUGGCGCAAAUACUGACAGCACGUUGUCCCCCUCCCAUGACAGCUGUGGGGACAGAGUAACCUCAGGUGUGUGUGUGUGUGUGUGUGUGUGUGUGUGUGUGUGUGUAAUCUACUUGGUCAUGACCAUUAACUGUUACCCUCCUGGAAAGAGCUCAGUGCUCAUAGAGACUGAUCUAUGGGUGAGGCUGAGACCUAAUACACACCACCUCCUUCCUAAGAUGGUGGUGGUGACUGCUUAGUGUUGGUGACAAAUUACUAGCAACCCAGGUGGCACUUGAACCUGUGCCUGCUGGGAACAUUCUCCACUGAGCUACAUUUCAGUGUGUGUGUGUGUAUGAAAGACUGAUAAAUAAAUUUUUGUUGUUCAAGUUGUGUGAUUACAAUUUUUGGGUUUCUGCUGAGGCAGAGUAAAGAUGGGAAAAUUGUGAUACAGUUUUGUAAUAAAGUGUUUUUCUGUAUUUAUAUUCA